ACACUAUUUCACUGAAAAUAAAGCUAAGAGGAAGAGCUAACAGGAGGUAGCUGAGAACUUGUACAAUCUUGCUACAGUUUGUUACUUUUAAUGCGGUCGUUAUUUCACAACUGAUUUAACAAAUAGUGGGUUUUUUUGCAUCAAAGUAGCGUUUUUCUUUAGUCAAGUGUUAGCAUCAACUAUCUAACGACACCGUGUGUUCGACAGCUAACGGUUAGCUCAUUUACUAGCCUUUAAGCAAAUGUUUCCCAGAUCAAGUUCUGUUUGAGCGUUUUUACCUUAAAUACAACAAGCUACCGGUUCAGUUUUCCUGAACCUUUACCUCCUCUGUAUCAGUGUAGACUGUUAGACGGUAAAGAGCAGCUGUGUUGGAAGAAUCUGAGGAGUUAUGGCGGACCCUGCUCGGAUAAAAACAGAAGGUUCAUUUAAAAAAGAGAGCUUUAUCAAAGAGGAGAAUCCGAAGACAGAACAUGAACCUGUUCCGGAGACUUCUGCAGAAAUCUCUGCAGAUGACAGCAAAGAGCCGUCUACGCAGGAUCAUCUCAAAGGUUUGAAGACUGAAACUGAAACGGCGGCAGCAGCAGACGAUGAGGAAGAGGGAACCUCCGGUCAGCCUUCCUCUAAGCGACUCAAGGUGGAGCCAGAAAAGAAAAAAGAGAAGCGCCACAAGGUCGACGAGGAUGAAAUACAAAAGAUGCAGGUUUUGGUGUCAUCAUUUUCUGAAGAGCAGCUCAAUCGCUAUGAGAUGUACAGACGUUCCGCCUUCCCAAAGGCUGCCAUUAAGAGGCUAAUCCAGUCUAUAACCGGGUCAUCAGUUUCCCAGAAUGUGGUUAUUGCCAUGUCUGGUAUAGCCAAGGUUUUUGUCGGGGAGAUUGUUGAGGAAGCUCUGGAUGUUUGUGAGAAAUGGGGAGACACGCCACCACUUCAGCCUAAACACCUGAGGGAAGCAGUUAGGAGGCUGAAGAGUCGAGAUCAGAUUCCCAACUCCAAAUACAAGCACAUCUUGUUUCACUGAGCCACUCCAGCUGCGGGAUGAACGAGGACGUUGGUGAUAUUUAAAACCGCUGUGGGAAAAUCUCUGACUCAUCCAGAGGCUGCACACAAUUAUUGAUGGAGCUCGGUAUCUGUAAAUGUACAUUGCUGGAAGGCUCUAUGUAUUAAUACUCGUUGUAUUAAUACUCGUUGAAACAUGUAAAUAUAAGUUUUAUAUCUUUUUCUUUUUACUACUCUUUGGUUAAUAUGUGGGUGGUAAGUUCAGCCGCCGGGAAAUCUAUUUGCAGCCCUUUAACUUUUUCGCAUUGUCAUGUUACAAGCGCAAACUGAAAUUGAGUUAUAUUUCUAAUUUUAUUAAUUUGUGAUUAACACUUAGGAGGUAAUUGUCAAAUGAAAAUAAAAUUUUUUUUUUUAACAAA